AUGCAUUUCAUACAAUAUCGUAAAGACUAUACGAUUACGUUAUAUCUGAACCAAUACUGGAAGGACGAGAGAUUGUCGUUUAGUGAGAACAACUACGAGCUGACCCUUUCCGGUGAUUUUGCGGAGAGAAUAUGGGUUCCCGACACGUUUUUUGCAAACGACAAGAACUCAUUCCUCCACGAAGUGACGGAGAAGAAUAAAAUGGACUAUACGAUUACGUUAUAUCUGAACCAAUACUGGAAGGACGAGAGAUUGUCGUUUAGUGAGAACAACUACGAGCUGACCCUUUCCGGUGAUUUUGCGGAGAGAAUAUGGGUUCCCGACACGUUUUUUGCAAACGACAAGAACUCAUUCCUCCACGAAGUGACGGAGAAGAAUAAAAUGGUUAGACUUAAGUCCGAUGGGUAUAUCGCUUAUGGCAUGAGAUUCACCACAACCCUGGCCUGUAUGAUGGAUCUCCACUAUUACCCAUUAGACUCACAGAACUGUACGGUUGAGAUCGAGAGCUGUAAAUUCACCACAACCCUGGCCUGUAUGAUGGAUCUCCACUAUUACCCAUUAGACUCACAGAACUGUACGGUUGAGAUCGAGAGCUACGGAUAUACGGUAUCAGAUGUAGUGAUGUAUUGGAUGAAAGAUCCGGUGACGGGUGUGGAUAAUGCAAAAUUGCCUCAAUUCACCAUUUUUGGCCACGAAACCACUGACCGCAAGGAGAAAUUAGCUACAGGCACUUACCAAAGACUAUCACUGCUAUUCUCUCUCAAGAGAAAUAUUGGAUAUUUUAUUUUCCAAACAUAUUUACCAUCGAUUCUAAUUGUGAUGCUUUCCUGGGUUUCCUUUUGGAUCAAUCACGAG